UAUUUAGUAAAACGAUCCCCAAAUCCACCAUCACCUCCCCUCUUUCGUUUAAAUAUCCAUCCUUUUCUUUCAUCCUCUUCUUCUCUUAUUUUCGAUAUCGAAAUAAACUCGAGGGGAAAAAUAUAUAUAUAUAUCUGAAUAAUUUGUAAUCGAGAUGAAGAACGAGAAACCAUGGGAUGUGGAGAUCGGGGCGUCGGCCGGUCUGUAUCCAAACAUGAUGGAGAGCUCGGAGCUCCGGUGGGGAUUCAUCCGCAAGGUUUACCUCAUCGUCGCCAUGCAAAUCCUCAUCACCAUCAUCAUCGCCGCGGUCAUGAACAUAGUUCCUUCGAUCCAUGUCUUCUUCGUCAGCCGCACCUCGAACUCGAUCAUCCUCGCGUUCGUCAUCAUGAUUUUACCUCUGUUAGUGAUGAUACCGAUGGUGUUCUUGAGCAAUCGCCACCCGGUAAACAUGAUUUUGCUGGUGCUGUUUACGAUAUGUAUGGGGAUGUCUAUCGGAUUGGCGUGCUCCGGCCGUCAAGGCAACGUGGUGUUAGAAGCUGCAGCAUUAACGGCCAUAGUUUUCAUGGGCCUCACUCUCUACACCUUUUGGGCAGCCAAAAGAGGCCAUGAUUUCAGCUUCCUCGGCCCAUUUCUCUUUGCAGCUCUUCUCUGCCUCACCAUUUUUUCUCUUAUUCAGAUAUUUUUUCCCUUGGGAAAGACGACGACGAUGGUAUUUGGGUGCAUAUCGGCAAUCAUUUUCUCCGGCUUCAUUGUCUACGACACCGACAACCUCAUCAAGCGCCAUAGCUACGAUGAGUACGUCCCGGCCGCUAUCUCUUUAUAUCUCGAUAUCAUCAAUUUGUUCUUAGCCUUGCUCAGCAUAAUGGAAGAGUGAUCGGACAUCAAAGGUGAUCAAAAUACAUUUGUGCUUUGAGAAACAACUAUCAAUGGGAUAUCUAAUCCUUCUUUUUCUAUAAAGUCUGUGAAAAGUGUGAUUCCAAUUUAUGUAUAUAAUUUAGUAAACACCUUGGUAUAAUUGUUGAAAUCAUAUAUUUAA